GAAAAAUAAAAGUAAAAUACCAUGAACGUUUUGCUCGUGUCUUUUUUCCUGGUCUUCAAAAUAGAUCGAUAAUAUUAAUAUUAUUUCUGCAAUUACGGCUUCAGCUUUUACCAUGUUGAUUUAUAGUUCCUCUUUAACUUCUAGCUUAUAAAUUAAAUAUUUUAUUUUUAUUGUAUUCGUAAAUAUGUUAAAAAAAUAUUGAUUUAUUGGUUAUAUUAUUUUAACGAGUACAAACAGGCUGUGAACAUUGUGAAAUAUAGUGAAAGUGUACAUAGAAUGUCCUAAAAUGAAGUGCCACUACGAGGUAUUGUGUUUGGCGAAAGAGGCAAGUGCUUCCGAGAUAAAGAAGGCGUAUCGUCGCCUGGCAUUGCAGUGGCAUCCGGACAAAAACUUAGAUAACUUACAAGAGGCGAAAGAACAGUUUCAGCUAGUACAGAAUGCAUAUGAAGUACUUUCUGACCCCCAGGAGAGAGCUUGGUAUGACAAUCAUAGAGAACAACUGUUGCGUGGUGCAGGCUCAUCAUACAACGAUGACAGUCUUGAUGUAUUCCCAUACUUCAGUCCGUCCUGCUACAAAGGUUUUGGUGAUGACCCACAAGGAUUCUAUGCAGUCUAUUCAGAGGUGUUCUCCAAACUGUCUUCUGAAGAAGCAGAUUUUCUAGAUGAUCCUGAAGAUGUGACCAAAAUACCUAAAUUUGGUAACUCUACCACACCUUACGAAGAUGUACAUGAAUUCUAUGCAUAUUGGAUGGCAUUCUCUACUAAUAAGAGCUAUGUGUGGCUAGAUCAAUAUGAAAUCCAACAAGGCGACAAUCGAAGAGUUAUCAAGUUAAUGGAGAAAGAGAAUAAUAAAAUACGACAGAAGGCUCGUAAAGAAAGAAAUGAAGAAAUCAGGAGACUUGUAAGCUUCGUUCGUAGAAAAGAUAAGCGAGUUAUAGAACACACAAAAUUAUUACAAGAGAAAGCAGAGGAAAAUAAGCGAAAGGCAGAACAAGUAAGAAGAGAAAGGAUCUUACAAAGACAAAAAGAAAUAGAAGAAGCGAAGAAAAGAGAAGGUGAAAGCUCAUUCUUACAAAGUGAGGAUUAUCAAAAAAAAUUAAGUGAAAUUGAGUCAUUGUUGGCAGAAGAAUUUGGGCUGUCAUCAGAUGAUGACACUAUUAGUGAGGGUGGUAUGGAGAGUAGUAAUGAAGAGAGUUCCAAGACUGAAGAGGCAAGUGAAGUCUCUAGGGCAACAACAAAACCUUCCUCCAAAUCUAAACAAGCCAUUAAAAAUUUAUAUUGUUCAGCUUGCAGUAAAUUGUUUAAAAACGUCAAGUCUUUUGAAAAUCACGAGAACAGUAAGAAACACAAAGAAAAUGUUGCUAAUAUGACAUUUGAGGAUGAUAUAGAUAUAUCAGAAGAUGACGAAGAGGAAGAUGUUGAAUUAGACGAAUCUAUUAAAAAUAUAGAAGAGACAGCGGAAGAAAAACUCAAUGGGCAAACUGAGGAAGAAAGGGAGCAAGUAGGCAAUUCUACAUCAGAUCUUGAAGAUAAUGACAUUGGGGAGACUUUAAGUGAUGAUUCAGACAAAAUUCAAGCUUUACCCAAGAGCCAGAAAAAGAAGAAAAACAAAAAGAAGUCAUUUAUACCAAUGCCAGAAAGUGAAGGUAAUGAUAGUCAUGAUGAGAUGAGUUUUAAUGAAAUAGAGGGUCCAUCUCGUAGCAGGAAAGCUAAGAAAUUUAAUAUGCUUAAAAGCCAGAUACAGGCUAAAAAGGAAGCGAAUCUCAAAAAAGGAUCACAAUCACAAACAUCAACAGAAAAUUUAUAUGAAGUGUCAAGUACAACGCCUACUGAUGAUGCUUUGGGAGAAGCAGCAUUGCCAAAAGACAAACCGGCCCUGCCGAAAACGCAGAGGAAUAUAAAACCCAAAAAGCUAGUAGAAAGGAAACCAUUACGAACUAAAGCCAGUGAAACAGAAGACUCGAGCACAGCUAUGAAUCUUAGAUGUGCUGUUUGCCAAACAGAUUUCCCAUCAAAAAAUAAGUUAUUUGAACACUUGAAAAAGACAGGACACUCUGUACCGCUGCCCCAAACUAGCUUUACACAAUCUAAGAAAGGCAAGAGAGCUAAUAGAUAAACAUGUGCAAUGAACUUAGAUAGGAUGGAAGUAUUAAUUAAUCAGUGAGAAUUGUUUUAAUUUUCUUUAAAUCUCUACAAGUUGUAAAGUGACUUUGUCAAUAUAUUUAUUAAAAUUAUAAUCAUUGUCAUCAUUAAACUAUGAUUAACUAAAUAAUUUAAAUGUUUUUUAUUAUUUUACAAUUUUGUGCCCUUGCAACUUUAUCUGUGUGAGUGUUAAUGAAAAGUGGUCUAUAUCCUUCUUAUGUCAAAUGCUCUUCUUGGAUUAUUAUGAAACACUUACCUUACAAUCUCUUAGUGUGUCUAUUUGUGGCAGCUUGUACAUGUAUAGCAAGAACCAAUAAAUUCUAGGACAAGAUGUUCAGGUUAGUAAAAAAUAGUCAAUCCAGUUUAUAACUCGAUUACUACACCAUAAUAUAAGUGUUAUUUGGUAGAGAAAAAUAAAUUAAAAAUUAAUACAUUAUGAA